AUGCAGCCUCAGAGUCCGGAGAAAAUGGUUUAUCUGGAUCAUUUUCAGUCAGAAAUUAUUAAUAGAAGAUUUUGGGAACUGCUGUCCACUGUUGAAAAGAUGGGACUCUUCAAGCCAAACCAAUUCUUCUUUUUCCUGAUACUUCUGCAUAUUUUACUAAUGGAUGCUGCUGGCUGGUUUGUUUUGUGGUAUUUUGGGAUAUCUAAAACAUCUUUUCUUAUUGCCACAGUGUUACUGACCUUUGCUCAGUCUCAAGCAGGCUUUCUACAACAUGAUUUAGGACAUCAUUCAGUCUUCAGUAAUCCAAAAUGGAACCACCUUUGGCAUGAAUUUGUAAUGUGCUAUUUAAAGGGGGGUUCAGCUAAUUGGUGGUCUUUGCACCAUUCCCAGCAUCAUGCUAAACCCAACUGUUUCGAGAAGGACCCAGAUGUUUCAUUUCAUCCCUAUAUUUUGUCAUUAGGGGAAACUCUUUCUUUGGAGUUGGGUUUGCAGAAAAAGAAAUACAUGCCUUAUAACUAUCAACACAAGUCUUUUUCCCCCCCAACCUCCUCAUUGCCUCUGAUUGUACUUCCUAUUAUUCAAGUUUACACAUUUUACUUUAUAUUCCAACGCAAGCUCUGGAGGGAAAUAGCAUGGAUUCUGGCAUAUUUUAUCCGAUUCUUUAUUGCCUUCAACGCCAUAUUUGGAUUUGGAUUCAAGGGUGUUUUGGGAUACCUCUUUCUUUUGAGAGUUCUUGAGAGUAUUAUAUUUAUAUGGAUAUCACAGACAAAUCAUCUUCCUAUGCCCAUUGAUCAUGAUAAAAACAUGGAUUGGUUCUCUACACAGCUUCAGUCAACGUGCAAUGUGAAUCAAUCUUUUUUCAAUGACUGGGUAACGGGGCACCUGAAUUUUCAAAUUGAGCACCAUCUUUUCCCUACA